AGGAAAUGAUGGCAUAAAAUAGGAAAUGAUGGCAUGAAAUAGGAAACAAUGGCAUAAAUAGAAAGUGAAUUAUGACAUAAAUGGGAGAUGAUGACAUGGAUAGGAAUGAUGACAUAAAUACAAAGUGAAUUAUGACAUAAAUGGGAGAUGAUGACACGGACAGGAACGAUGAUGUAAAUGGGAAAUAAUGACAACAUAAAUUAUUCUAUCUAUGCCAAUGGAAGCAAAACGACAGCGUAAAUCCUAAAGGAUAACCCUAACCUACAAAACCACCCCAUAGACACAGCACAGAGUGCGUCACGCCGCCCCAUAACAGCAUUUCCCACUGCUCUCCCCCCAGGUCUGCCCUUCUCCUACGAUGGACAGGCUGCUCGUCUGCCUGCUGGUUGUCAGCGCGGCGGUGAAGGCCAUGCUGUGCCCCAAACGCUGCAUGUGUCAGAACCUCUCCCCAUCCUUCACCAUCCUCUGCACCAAAACGGGGCUCCUCUUCGUGCCCCCCAGCAUCGACCGGAGGACGGCGGAGCUGCGGUUGAUGGACAACUUCAUCACCACGCUGCGCCGGAAGGAUUUUGCCAACAUGACCAACCUCAUCCAUCUGACCCUGUCGAGGAACACCAUCAGUCAGAUCAUGCCUUACGCCUUCUUUGAUCUUAAGGGCCUCCACGCAUUGCACCUGGACAGCAACCGGCUGACGUACAUCAACGAGGACCAUUUUAAAGGGUUAAUUAACCUCCGCCAUUUGAUCCUGAGCAACAACCAGCUGAGCUACAUCUCCCCGGGAUCGCUGGACGACUUCAUCGAGACCAUCGAGGACCUGGAUCUGUCCUACAACAAUCUGGUCAACGUUCCUUGGGAAACGGUCGCCAAACUCUCCAACGUCAACACGGUCAGCUUGGACCACAACCUCAUCGAGUUCGUCCCGGAGGGGAUCUUCUCCAACCUGCACAAGUUGGCCCGCUUGGACAUGACCUCCAACAAGCUGAAGAAGAUCCCUCCGGAUCCGCUGUUUUCCAGGAUUCCCGUCUAUGCCAAAUCCAAAGGGUCUCCGCUGACGUCGCUGGUGCUGAGUUUUGGGGGGAACCCUCUGCACUGUAACUGCGAGUUGGUCUGGUUGAGGCGUCUCACCAGGGAGGACGAUUUGGAGACCUGCGCUUCGCCGCCGGAAUUGAUGGGGAAAUACUUCUGGUCCAUCAAGGAGGAGGAAUUUGUGUGUGAGCCCCCCAUGAUCACGCACCGCACCCCAAAGGUGGCCGUGAGCGAGGGGCAGAGCGUCUCCUUGAAGUGCAAAGCUGUCGGUGACCCCGACCCCUACGUCCGAUGGAUCGCGCCCGAUGGGAAGCUGGUCUCCAACACCUCCAGGACGACGUCGUAUGAAAACGGGACGUUGGAUCUCGUGGGGACAUCUUUGGGUGAUAAGGGAACCUUCACCUGCAUCGCGUCCAACGCGGCCGGGGAAUCGACGGCGCCGGUGGAGUUGGUGGUGACGCCGUACCCCAACUUGGCCAACAGCACCAACUGUGAGAAGGAGGCGGAGAACGGCCCGUCUGACAUCCUCAUCUCGGCCAAAUCGAGCUUUCCCAACGAGACAAAAGGGCCCCAGGAGAAGGCGGUGGUGGUGGGGGAGCUGACGUCGUCCUCCGCGCUCAUCCAGUGGCCGUCCCAGCAGCACCUCCCUGGGAUCCGCAUGUUCCAGAUUCAGUACAACAGCUCCUCCGAUGAGAUCCUCGUCUACAGGAUGAUCCCAGCUGCUAGUAAAUCCUUCUUCUUGACUGAUCUGGUUGCAGGACGUGAGUACGACCUCUGCGUCCUGGCCGUGUACGACGACGGGCUGACAUCUCUGACUGCAACCAGGGUGAUCGGCUGCGUGCAGUUCACCACCCAGGAGGAGUACAAGCAGUGCCGUUCCCUCCACGCUCAGUUCCUCGGGGGCACCAUGAUCAUCAUCAUCGGGGGCAUCAUCGUGGCGUCGGUGCUGGUCUUCAUUUUCAUCCUCCUGAUGAAGUACAAAGUGUACAACAACCACCACAAAAACAAAGCAGCAAAAGUCAGCAACGUCUGCUCGCAAACCAACGGGAGCCACAGCGGCUCGAUGGCGCGCUCCACCUCCAAGCUCACCGAGGGCUCCCACCAGGAAUGCUCGGCAUCCUCCAGCAAAGGGAAAGCUGUGUUGGACUCAGAUUGUGACAAAGUGACUCCUCCAACCCACCCCACGUUCCUAACGACCGAGGCGUUAUCCUAACGGCCCCGGGGUGCGAGGUGCUGCUGUGGGAACAUUUUGAUGCGAGUGGUUGUAUUUUAAGCCUCACUACUAUUGUCUAUUUUUAAGAUCAGAUGGUUUCAAAGAUAUUUUUUUAAUCUGUAAACAGUUCUCGCAUUCUUAACUAUUUUCUUUCGAUGAUAUUAAAGAUGAGUGUGUGAUUUACAAGAUUUUUUUACCGGUUCUUUUAUAGCAUACACCUCUGGUAUCAAGGCAGCGGCAUCGCUCCAUUCUGACUGGGUUUGUCCGUAGUGAAAUGCACUAUUUUUUCCCUUUGGUUACAGACCAGCAGCAUUGGAAUACUCUCAGGAUCUUCAGACUUCCUCACCAAACUGCUCACACCUCCAAGGAGCGACGUGUUGCAGGGUGACUCAUUGCCAUGGGUGUGUUGGAUACGUGCAGCUUGCAAUAGGAGUGACAUGAAGUCGGGAUUCCCUAUGGAAAAUUAUUAAAAAAAAAAAAAAAAGAGCACUAAUCUUUCAAAAUAAUAAUAAUAAUAAUAAUAAAGAAAAUUGGAAGUACUUUAAGUACUUUAGCAUCUUUCUCAGAGUUAUUUGCUGGUGUAGAAAUACGGAGUUGCGUUGUUGGAGUUGAUGGGUUUGGUGGGUUCUGUCCAACUUGGGGUGUUCCAUGAGUUGGACUCCAAGGUCCUGAUGGCUUCCCUCCAGCUUCAGAUGUUCCGUGGGUUGGACUUGAUGAUCUUUAUGGGUUCCUCCCAGCUUGGGAUGUUCCGUGUGUUGGACUCAAUGGUCCCAGUGGGUUCCUCCACGCUUGGUGGAUUCUAAUUCUACGACUGUUGGCUUUGUAACAGCUGUUCAUUGAGAAACCUCUUAUUCUCAGAAAUCAGAUUUACCUCCGGGCAGGAAGAAGCCUCCCGCGUUCGUUCUUCCUAAAAUUGUAAAAAUUCCUUCAAAUGAUUGAAACGUGUCCCACUGUUUCCUUUUUUUCUUUUUUUUUUUUUGUUUUGUUUUUUUGUUUUUUGUUUUUUUGCUCUGUUGGAAACACGUGCCGUAGCUCCAGGUAUUUUUUUCCCUCUCCUUUUAAUUUUGGUGAUCAAUGUAUUAAGAAUGAUGACAAAAGCUCCCAUGUCCCGGGUCGUGCUGCCAUAUCUCAGCAUGACACCACAGGUGGUGGGACAGCAAUUUCUGUCCGUAGCACUGCAUGAAGUGCAACGUAACCGAUGGACGGAUGCGUUGUGUGACAGCACUGUUGUUCACUGCGGGGUGAAAUGAUCCUUUUGUUUCAGGGGGUGGUGGCAAAGGGAGGUGGACACCAUGUUUUGGGUUGGGAAUUUGCAAUGUCAACUCAACAUGAUGUCAUCUUCAUGGGUUGGUGGUCCUCUACACAACGUCGCCUCCAUCUGAUGAUGGUUCCCGACUCAACACAACAUCGUCUUCAGUGAUUGGUGAUCUUCAGCUCAACAGUGUCACCUCCAUGGGUUGGUGGUCCUCAGCUCAACGUCACCUCUAUGGUUUGGUGGUUCUCAGCAACGCAGUGUCACCUCCAGAGCUGCUGGUCCUCAAGACAUCAUCAUCUUCACUGUGUGGUGGUACUUAACACAGUGUGACCUCCGUGGGUCAGUGGUCCUCAACAUAAAAUCACCUCCAUUGAGUUGAUGAUCCUCAACUCAACAAAACGUCUUCUCCAUCUGAUGAUGAUGGUUCCCAACUCAACGCAACGUCGUCUUCAUUGAUUGCUGAGCCUCAACUCAACAUCAUCACCUCUAUGGGUCGGUGGUGUUCAACCCAACACAGCGUCACCACCAUGGGUUGGUGGUCCUCAAUUCAAUGUCAUCUUCAUCGUGUGGUGGCCCUCAGCUCAACACAACGUCAUCUCCAUCUGAUGAUGGUUCUCAACUCAACACAACGUCACCUUCAUGGCUUGGUGGCCCUCAGCUCAACACAACGUUGCUUCUGUGGGUCUCAGUGGUCCUCAACACGAUGUCAUCUUCAUGGGCCAGUGCUUCCCAGCUCAUCACAACGUUACCUGUAUGGUUUGGUGGUUCUCAACAACACAGUGUCACUCCAGAGCUGGUGACCCUCAAGACAUCAUCUUCAUUCUGUGGUUGUACUUAACACAGCGUUACCUCCGUGGGUCAGUGGUGCUCAACAUAAAAUCACCUUCAUGGGUUGGUGGCCCUCAGUUCGACACGUCAUCUCCAUCUGAUGUUGGUUCUCAACUCAACACAACGUCACCUUCACGGGUUGGUGGCCCUCAGCUCAGCACAACGUUGCCUCUGUGGGUCUCGGUGGUCCUCAACACGAUGUCAUCUUCAUGGGUCAGUGCUUCCCAGCUCAUCACAAUGUUUCCUCCUUUGGAUCGGUGGUCCUCGACUCCAGGCAGCAUCAUUUCCAUCUGAUGGUGGUCCUGAACACAACAUCACCUCCAUUUAUGUCACCACAAAUUGUGUUGGCGUUCUGCUCUGAUUUCCAAACACAAAAUGAAGAAGAAAGGAUUUGGGGGAUUCCGUUAUCGGUGAUGUUUGUGAAAUGAGGCGCAGUUUUGUGUUUACACUCAUUUUUAUUCCAUUUUAUUUCAUUUUGUUUCAGUGAUCUUUUCCCAGAUGUGGAUCCAGAGCUGGAAUUUCAACCCAUGUUUCCCAAGUAGAAAAUAGAAUUUCAACCAAUUUUUCCUACUUAAAAAAAAAUGGAAUUUCUUCUUUACAAAAAUCAUUUCUCUCUCUGACAGCAGCAGAAAAAAAAAAAUGGGCCCAAUUUAGGUCCCUUUUAGGGACCAUUUUGGGUCCAUUUUAGAUCCUUUUUGGGUCAAUUUUAGGUCAUUUUGGGGUCAAUUUUUGGUCCCUAAUAGGUGUGUUUUGGGAUCCCCUUUGGGGAGGAUGGGGGGGUGGUCUCUUUUGGGAUCCAUUUUAGGUCCAUUUUAGGUCACUUUUAGAUUCAUUUUGGGCCCACUUUUUGUCCGUUUCGGGAGCAUUUUAGGUCCAUUUUAAGUCCCUUAUGGAUCAAAUUUGGGUCCCUUUUAGGGGUCCCUUUUGGAUCUACUUAAGCUCAACUUUUUCUGUCCAGUUUGGACCCUUCUGGCUCCCUUGCAGGUCUUUUUAGGUCCCUUCUAAUUUCAUUUCCUGACCUUUUUAGGUCUCUUUUAGGUCCUUUUGACCAUUUUAGGUCAAUUUUAGGUCCCUUGCAGAUCAGUUUUGGACUCCUUUUAGGUCCAUCUUUGGUUCAUUUUUUGCUCCAUUUCGGGUCUCUCCUAGGUCCAUCUUGGAGGACAAUUUUCUCCCCAAGAAACCCAAGGUAAUGAGAUGCUCGUUAAGCCCCAUGGACUUAAUUGCCCACGCUGCCCUGUUCUUUGCACCCCUGGAGACAUCUCAACUCUACUGGUGGUCCCCAUCGAUGUCCCCAUGGGUGUCUCUCCAUUGCUGGUCUCCAUCAGCGUCCCCACCACUGUCCCCAUAGCUGUCCCUAUGGUUGGACCCCAUAGGUGACCCCAUCGAUGUCCCCAUCCACUGGUGGGCCCCAUAAAUGUCCCCAUGGUUUUCCCCCCAGGCGUCCCCAUGGGUGUCUCUGUCUCUGGU